AUGCAGCUCGCAUCCCACGGCUUGCGCGCCCUCAAGGGCACGCAGGCCCACCUCUUCCCUCCUGGGGGUGGGAGCUCACGCUCCAUACACAUUCCUGCUUUUGCCCCAAGGGCCGCACCCCCAUCGACAACUCAGGCGACUUUCAAGUACGCGCGCGCCAUCGCCUCGCGCUUCUUUGCGCACCUCACCACUCCGGGCACUCUUCGCGCACCCAUCCCGGCAGGCACUGCGCCUCGCGCAUUCCACAAUGCGACGCGCAUGCCGUCCAUCCAGCAGCGGCUCUCGGGCCCCGCGCGCCACGUCCUCUCCCGCCCCCUCGCAACGCCCUUCCUCCCUCGUGCGCCGGCCGUGCCCCGUAACAUGACACAGGUUGGUCUCGGUACCGCUCGCAACUUCUCGUCGGGCCGCCCGAUCUUCCAACACCUCAUCGAGAACGUGCCGGUGUACGCCCGCGCGUUCACCGAGGCGGACUGGGACGUCCGUAUCGAGGAGGAGCGGGAGCGCAUGCGGAUCGAGAAGUGCAAGGCAAGACAGGCAGCGAAGGCCGUGGAGAAGGCGAAGGCUCCUUCCCGCCCCAUUCGAAUCACCGUCGUCCCCACUCCCGCCGAGAGCGCUGUCGAGGACAAGGAGGCCGAACUCGAGCACUACUUCCCCCCAGUGAAGACCCCUGAGGUCACUACGUACCUCCUCAUCCCUCUGGCGCCCACUCCGACGUCGCGUCUCCCCCUCCCGGCCAACCCGUCGGCGUCCAUCGCACACCCCCUGCUUCCGCUUGGAGUUGUUGCCUCGAUGCACCAGUCGCAUGGGACGCAUGCACUACGGGUCAACACCAUAUUUGCACGUCUGGACACCGCACAAGUUUUCGAUGAUCCGAACGUACACUGCGAGGCGCGCGGCGACCCAAGUGGACUCGCCACCAUCCUGGAGGUUCGCUUCGAUGGUUGGACCGCCAGCAAAGUACGCGGCAUCAUCGGCGAAGCGGGCCAGGGGUGGUGCGUUCUCGACGAGGUGUGGCCCGACGACGUCCAUGCGGAAGCCGCGGAAGUCGAGGCCGCACUCGACGCGCUCUCCACGCUCGACUCGGACGCCGAGCUCGAUGCGCACCUCUCGCUCUCCGGCCUCUCCGGGCUGAACGCGAGCUGGAGCGCGUCGUCCGAGCAGGUCGACCCCGCGACCUCGUUCGUGCUCCCGACGCUCGACUUCUCCGCGUCGUUCCCCGCGCCGUCGUGGUCCGGUCCGCAUGCAGCCGCUGCGCCGCCAGUGUCCGACCUCGAGAUGCACAACGCGUGGACGGAAGUGCACAGCCGGACGAGCUCGCCGAUGGGCUUCGAGUCUGACGCGGACUCGGACCUGGGCUCUGGGGACUCGGAUUGGCCCGAAAUGUCCAGCGCUCGUGGGUCCUGGACGGGGGGCCGCUGGGUUGGGUUCAGCUCGCAGUUCUCGGAGAGGAUGGGAGGUCGCGACGGGCCUCGGGAGGAGUUGUUUUGA